AUGCCUUUUGGAAAUCAGGAUUCCGGAGUGACUGGCGCGGCCAAAUUCGUCACAUCGACCCUCGGCAACGCGGUCGGCGGCGUCUCUCGCACUGUUGGCGGGGUGACAGGCGCCGCGGGGCGAGGUAUCGGCGAUACCAUCACCGGCGCCACAGGGAGCGCGGGGAAGCCUGUUGGCGAUGCACUGGGGAGUGUGGGCAGCGGUGUGGAAGAUGGAGCCCGGAAGGUUGCCAAGGGAAUUGAAGAUGCUGGACAGUGGAAGUGA